UAUAUAUAUACACACGAAUAAAACCUAUUUGGAGCACCAAAACGAAACUAAGUUGUAUCCCAAACAGAAUUGUGGAACAACAUUCAUAAUCAUCAUUUGAAGGUAAUUAAUGUCUUUGGAACUUCCGGUGUUUGACAUUUCAAAGCCUCUAAGCGAGUCAUCGUUGUCGUCACUACAAGAUGCGUGUAAGGAGUGGGGUUUCUUCUACGUGACCAACCAUGGCGUUUCCGGCGACAUGUACCAAAAACUCCGGCGAUUCUCCGGUGGAGUUUUUGGUCUAGGAGACGAGGAAAAAAUGAAGAUGGGUGCACCUAAUUACACUCCCCGUUUCAUUGCAUCUCCUUUCUUCGAAAGCCUCCGUGUCUCCGGUCCAGAUUUCUACGCCUCGGCCAAGUCUUCCGUGGAUGCUUUUUCUGACCAAGCUACCUAUGAAGAGUUCAGUGGGUUGAUGAAAGAAUAUGGAGAAAAGAUGACGGAACUAUGCGAGAAGAUAAUGAAAGCAAUCCUCUCUAGCUUCGGAGACGAUCUUAUUAACAAAUACUACGAAUCCGAGUUUGGCAACUGUCAUGGCUACUUCAGGAUCAACAACUACACAAUCCCUUCGGAACAAGAUGAUCACGAUGAUCAAGAUUUGAUCGAAGGGCUAGGAAUGCACACCGACAUGAGUUGCAUCACGAUCGUUGAUCAAGACGACAUCGGAGGUCUUCAAGUCAGAUGCAAAGACGGGGUUGGUAUGAUGGAUAUUAACCCUAAAGACGAAGCUCUCGUCGUCAACGUCGGAGAUUUGUUGCAUGCAUGGACCAAUGGACGGCUGAGAUCGUCUCAGCACAGAGUUGUCUUGAAACGACGUGGUUUCGUCGGUAACAGAUUCUCAAUAGCUUUCUUCUGGUGCUUCGACGAUGAGAAAGUCGUGUUUGCCCCUGAUGAAGUCGUGGGAGGUUGUGAAGGUAUGAGGAUGUUUCGGUCAUUUAAGUGUGGGGAUUACUUGAGGUUCAGAGAGAGUAAUGAGAAAGGCAAGUUCGAGAAGGUUGGGGACACGGUCGAAGACUUUGCACGAAUUGAAUUGAAUUAA